AUGAGUCGAUCAAAUAUGCAUCUUUUCGAUCUACCGGAUGAAAUAUUACUUUUGAUUUUGAAGAAAUUGAACAAUAUCGAUGUUCUCUAUUCUUUAUUGGAUGUUAAUAAUGGAAGACUUGACAUUCUUGCACAAGAAAAUAUUUUUAUUAACAAUCUGAAGUUUGAUUCUGUUAAUGAUACUUCAUUAAUCAGUCGAUUUUGUAUUGAUAUAUUACCAAGAAUUCAUUGUUAUGUCAAAUCAUUUACUCUUCAUGCAUCUUUUAUGGAAUGUAUUCUUCUUGCAAACAAAUAUCCAAAUUUAACUGAACUUAAAAUUAUUCAUUUUCAACAAGAUUUCAUCUCAAAGUAUUUUACAAGUAAGUAUCUUAAUAAUCAAAUUUCAUUAGCUCACAGGAAUAAUGAAAAUCUUGAAAAUAGUCGACUUGCAUAUCUUUGA